AAGAGGCGACACCAGUCGUGCCCUAGGCCUUGAUAAACAAACUCGCACUCGCCGCUCGCUAGCUUACUGACCUCCCAAAAUCCCCAAAUUGAACCCCUUCCUUUUCUCGGUUCGUACAGCUAUUGGUUACUUCACCUCUCUCUCUUACUGGGUCGCCUCACCCCGUUACUGUACUGUUAGCUUCAGGAAGGAGGCAGCAGCGGUGGGUGUUGGUGUUGUGUUGUUUUGCAGAUCAGUGUUGGUAGGUGUUAAUAAGGGUAAGUUUGAAGAUGAGUUCUGACACUAGGAGCCAAAGCAGGAGCAGGAGCAGGAGCAGGAGCCCAAUGGAUCGUAGGAUCCGCUCCGAUCGCUUUUCCUAUCGUGGUGCACCUUACAGACGAGAGUCACGUCGGGGUUACAGCCAAAGCAAUCUGUGCAAGAACUGCAAACGACCAGGUCAUUAUGCUAGAGAGUGCCCCAAUGUGGCAAUUUGUCACAACUGUGGCCUUCCCGGGCAUAUUGCUUCAGAAUGCACCACAAAAUCCUUAUGCUGGAACUGUCGGGAACCUGGGCACAUGGCCAGCAAUUGUCCAAAUGAGGGAAUCUGCCACACCUGUGGAAAGGCUGGGCAUCGAGCUAAAGAGUGCACAGCUCCACCCAUGCCACCUGGGGACUUGAGGUUAUGCAACAACUGCUAUAAGCAGGGCCAUAUUGCAGCUGACUGUACAAAUGACAAAGCAUGCAACAACUGUAGGAAAACAGGUCACCUUGCACGUGAAUGCCCCAAUGAGCCUAUUUGCAACAUGUGCAAUGUUGCUGGGCAUGUAGCUAGGCAGUGCCCAAAAUCAAACAUGCUUGGAGAUCGGGGAGGUAUGCGCAGUGGUGGUUACCAAGACAUUGUAUGCAGGAACUGCCACCAGUAUGGACAUAUGAGCAGGGAUUGCAUGGGCCCCUUGAUGAUCUGUCACAACUGCGGGGGCCGAGGACACCGGGCAAUUGAGUGCCCUUCUGGGAGGAUGAUGGACCGCUAUCCACAGAGGUUCUACCGUUGAAUAAUGAUCUUAGUGGUGGCAAUAUUUCUAGCUGAGGGAUGUAGCUCAAUUAGUUAUUAGAUUUUUUUAUCGAGUGUUGAACACUAGGCUUGCGGGGGCAUUUGAAACUCUCUAUUUGAUAGGCAGUGAUUUGAUGAUGUUUCAUGCGGAGCAUUUAUUUUAUAGUAGUACCUAAUAAUUGUGUUAAAAGUUGCUCUGGUUUGGAAUAAAGGAUUUAUUACGCAGUGUGCUAA